AUGUCGCAAACAGUCGUCUCGAAAGGAAUCUUUCAUGGCCUCCCGACCUUUCCGGAGUAUGAAGGAAAGAGAUUGCGGAUAAUCGUGACGGGGGCGAAUGGCAUCUCUGGUUCGGCAAUGACCAAGGUGCUGAGUGAAGCUCCUGAGAGAUGGGAGAAGAUCUAUGCUCUGUCACGCCGCCCCCCAUCGGGUCACACACCACCUCGUGUCGAGCAUAUCGCAGUAGAUUUUCUUGAGAGCACUCCGGAAGGGAUUGCUCAGGUCCUAAAGGACAAGCGAGUUGAAGCGCAAGGCCAGAGCUUGUGGAGCGGCAUCGAAGAAACAACCAAGCAGAAUUUGGCUCUGUUGUCUAACUUCCUCAGUGCCUUACCGUUGGCAAACAUAUUGCCAAAGCGUAUUUUGCUCCAGACAGGUGCGAAAUACUAUGGCUUGCAUCUUGGACCAACGGCCAUCCCCAUGGAAGAAGAAGAUCCUCGACAUGGAAUCCAGGGAAACUUCUAUUUUCCGCAGGAAGAUCUCCUCCAGAAAUUUUGCGAGAAGAACAACACCAGCUGGGUGGUGACUCGACCAUGCUUUAUUCUUGGUGCUGUUGAGAGCGCAGCCAUGAAUAUACUGUGGCCUCUGUCGGUUUACGCCGCCAUUCAGGCUCAUCUAGGACUUCCGCUGCUGUUUCCGGGGGAUGUCGCAGCGUGGGACGUUGUCAAGCAUCAGUCGAUGUCCACCUUGAUAGCAUACCACGCUGAAUGGGCGCUUUUGACUUCCCAGGCUGGUAAUCUAGCACUCAACCAGUGUGACGAUAGUGCCUUCACCUGGGGAAAAUUUUGGCCAACACUUGCCGAUUGGUACCAGACAACCUCAAGUGGGCCAGCAACCGAUGCCGAUGCGUACACAACCAUCACCAUGCCUUAUCCUGUCCCGCCUCGUGGAUUCGGCGGACCUGGUAUUGUGAAAGCUUCAUUCAGUUUUCUUGAGUGGAGCAAGAAGCCUGAGGUAUUGGCAGCUUGGGAGGGAUUGAAGUCGAAGCAUGGGCUCAAGUAUAACCCCUUUGGUGACAAGGCUAUGGAUACUUUUGGCCUCAUCGACGGGGAGCUUCUUGGAGGAUGGGGUCGAGUCAUCAGCAUGGACCGCAAUCGCAAGUUGGGUUGGCAUGGCUUCGUGAGUACAAAAGAAGCUAUCAAGCAGGUCCUGACUGAGAUGGCCAGUCUUAAGAUGGUUCCUCCGAUGUUGGCUUGA